CCGUCCAGCUCGCCUGCAUUCCUCCUCAGUAAAGCCUGACCGACAGAGACAGAGAAAGAAAGGGGGAAGGAAGAAAAAAAAUAUUAUUCACAACCGUGUUGGAUUUUAUGCACCACCACGGAGGCGACUUCCGUCGGACACACCUAGCAGACCAGACGUCGCAAAAUGACCAAAUAACCACGUCGAACCUCCACCUUUGGACGUACAAUAAUGAAAAAAAAACGACGUCUUUUAUAAUGACGGGAGUUUGCUUUGAUGUUCUGUAAGAUUUUCAGCCUUUUUCACAGCGGAGUCUCUUUUUUUUAAAAAAAGGAGGAUUUACAAGAUGGCUGAUGACAGCUACCCCUAAGGACAGAAAAAAAGCGACGUCCCCUUUAAAUUUAGGAGGGUAUAUUUUUGUAUUGCUAUAUUACUUAAAGCAUAUUUAUCUCCGGGGUUUUAGAUAAAUAAUGACUGUUGGCUUUAGAGCGAUCUUGACGUAAAGGAAAAGAAAAUGGUGCCGCUGUCUGUUUUUGGUGCUAAUGGAAGAAAAUGGUGAGGUGACGUCUGUGCUAAUUUAACGGGGUUAAAAAAAAUCGCGAUAAGGAAGUUAGAUAAAUAUGGUGCUGGCUAAAGCCUGGUAAGAGUAGACGGAGAAUCGUGUACGGUGCGGACUAAUCUCUGGCUCAGGAGAUAUUUUGUGUUGGAUUUUUUUCUUUUCUUUUUUUCUUGUGAACAGCCAACAUUCCUGCGGAUCCUAAAGCCCUUUGUUUUGUACGCAGGAGGUGGCCUCGACAUUUAAAAGCAUUAACUAUGCAGUAAACAGCCUGGAAAUGGUGGCCCGCCUGUGAUUUUUGCGUUUCAGGAGAAUAUACAAGCCGCCUUUUGUUGUCGAAUUAUUUAUUUAUUUUUUUUUUUUUGGUGGGGGCAGAAAAGCUUCGGCCUUGUGUGCAGAUAUGCGAGUCUGUGUGUGUGUGUGUAUAUAUGUGUGUGUGUGUGUGUGUGUGCGUGCCACAUAGCAGGACUUAAAUUCAUCAAAUAGAAACGCUGUUAAUGUCAAAGUCUGUUUAUUGAAGGGCUGUGUCAUUCAUCUGUUAUUACUAGUGUUAUUACUAGUUGUUGUUUUUAAGUCCAGCCCCCUCUGCUUUGGGUGUAUGUGAUUGAAUUGCUGGUGGUGCUGUAGAUCCUUAUUUAUGAUUCAGAGGACAAAAGCAUUGCGCUGCAUUGUGAUUACUGGCUGGAUCAAGCGCCCCUGAGGUCCUGGUAGCACAGAUCCAGGUUGAAAAAGCACCCUGUGUAAAUCGUAUUCAGGGUGUGGACCAAGGCUGGUUUUUCUUUUGCUUUUCAUGCUUCGUUUGUUGGUCUGAAUUGCUCCUGUGCUCGGUCAUAAUCCCACUGAAGCUCCUUAACUUCAAGGUAAAGGCCCGAGUGGAAAGGAUCAAGAGUGUUGAUGGUUGCGUAGUUAUUAGGUUAUAUGUCCAUGGUGGUUCUGGUGCCUUGUUUGCAUUUUGUGGGUUUACCUGUAGCUGACAGGAAGGCAGGCUUUAGCUGACUGCAGGCCUACUGACGCACACGGAAGCUGUUACAGCAAGCCAGGUGUGUGUGAUUUAAAGGAAGAAGUACCGUUUACUGUAAUCUCGAAUAACGUCAGCCCCUGCCGUGCAUGUUGAAAUCACAAGUGUUGUCAUCCUCACCGGAAGCCUUCUCAGUAGGUCAAUUUCUGGAAUUUGCCUUCAUGCUGCAGUAAUAAGCAAUACAAGUCAUCUGUCAGGGAGUCUUGUGGGUUCAUCCGGUCACAAGGAUUGAAAUCUUUGGACUGAUCUUUCAAGACGGUGUCAGUUCUGUGUUUGCUUUUUUUUUUUUUUUUUUUCUCGGAUCCAUCGUGAGAGUGUCGGGUUUCUAGUGUCGAGGACAGGGAGAGAGAUAAGUAAACGCAGAGGCCUACAGGUCUGGCAGAAGUGAGGAAUAGACAUCAGUGUAUGCCUGCCCGCACAGCCAUGGCGUCUGACAUGGCUGAGACGUGGAGGAACUGUUUUGAGGAGGAGCUCAUCUGCCCCAUCUGCCUGCACGUGUUCUCAGAUCCCAUCCAGCUGCCCUGCAAACACAACUUUUGUCGGGGCUGCAUCAGCGAGGCCUGGGCCAAGGACUCCUCUCUGGUUCGCUGCCCUGAGUGCAAUCAUGCGUACACACAGAAGCCCAGCUUGGAGAAGAACCACAAACUGUCCAACAUAGUCGAGAAGUACAAUGCUUUGAGUGUGGAGAAAGGCACCACACCGGUGUUGCAGUGCAUUCUGUGCCGCCGAGGCCCACCGCUCCCAGCAGUGAAAGUUUGCCUGCGCUGCAACGCCCCUUGUUGCCCGUCCCAUGUCCAGACACACCUGCAGCAGCCUUGCUCAACCCUGGGGCACCUGUUGGUGGAGGCAGAGGCCGUGAAGGCUUGGACCUGCCCGCAGCACGAUGAGUACAGGCUGUACCACUGCGAGGCGGAGCAGACAGCAGUGUGCCAGUACUGCUGCUUCGCCCGCUGCCACCCCAGCCAUGGCCACACAGUCACCGACGUGGAGCUGCGACGCAAUGACAUAAGACAAAGCCUGUUACGGCAGCAGGAGCGUGUGGAGGACAGAGUGCAGGAAAUUGAAGAACAGCUUUGUAAGCUGGACUCUGAUAAGUGUGUGGUGGAGGACAGGGUGUGUGAGCUCAAAGAGGAGGUGCGCCUGCAGUACCAGCGCAUGCACCAACUCUUGGAAGAGGAUCUUGGUCGGACACUGGAGGCUCUGGAUCGGGCUCAGGCCCGGUACUGCCAGGACAACGCUGCCCAGGUUCUAGCUCUCGGAGAGCAGCGCCACGAGGCCCAAAAGCUACUGAGCUCCAUCCACACUGCGUUUAGUAAGGCGGAGGAACUCAGCUUUAUGAAAAACACCAAGCCUGUCAAAAUCCUCACAGACAGGUCUCAGGCAUGUGUGGGCAGCAGCCUCCCGCCUUAUAAAGUCGGUAACCUGAAUUCAAAGCUCUUCCUUUCUGAGAUCUCCAAAAGAGAGAAGAGCUUGAGGAGAACAUUGGAAGCUCCCUUCACCCCUCCCUCCAGCUUCUUGCAGUCUGUUCCUGCGUAUCCCAGCGGUCACAGCUCUGGCUCAGGCGCAGAGAAACGGAAACACGCUGCUGCAUUUCCAGAGGGAAGCGGGAACGUUGGGAAAGCUGCCGCACCAGGUUUCAAGGACUCCUCCUCUUCCUCUUCUUCCUCUUCGCUAGCCAAGCAGCCCUACCUGGGUUCCAGCUCCACUGCUGGAGAAGGCCAGUCCAACAAUCAGCAGCCUCUGGGCCCCUGCGGCCCACCUCACAUCAGCGAGGGCAGCGGGUCGGGCAGUGGCAGCGGCUCUCUGACAAACCACCAUUCAGGCUCCGUGUUCAGCUCCUCCCAUUUUCCUCCGGGUGGAAGUAGCUCCUCCCACUCCUCCCAGCAGGCAGUGCUGCCUCAAUACGGUGGCCGCAAGAUCCUUGUGUGUACGAUGGAUAACUGCUACUGCUCCGGAGUCCCAUCCGUAUCAGGCCACCGCAGUCAUCCGCCGUACCCGCGCUCGGGCUCCUUCCCCUGGGUCAGCACCCAAGACUUCCCCCCUCCCCCGGGCCUGGCCUCUGGGGGUCCGUCCAUGCAGGGUUUGGCAGUGAGGGACUGGAUAGAUGCCUCGCAGACACACAGACACGCAGAUUUCUAUGGGCUGUACGGGCAGCCAUCCACAAAGCACUACGUCACCAGUUAACACACACACAUAGCGGAUUCACACAUACACACACACACAGACGCACAUCUACAGACCACACAAAGCGGACAAAACACACCAGUACACUCAGAUGUAACUCAGUUAUACACACGUUUAACUCACUGUUUAUACUCACACAGACACAUAUUCGGGGGCAGGGUUGAUCUCUUUUAUUUUCUUUUAUUUCUGUCAGUGUUUCGUGUCGAAUAUUAUAAGUCAAAGCAUAUACAGCCAAUAAAUCAGCGCAGCAUCGCAGGUACUCGUACCGACAUUUAGUGGUCAGUACGAGGAAAUGAGUCUGACUUUUUUAAAAAUAAGGAAUUUUUAAAAAAUCAGAGUUUUUAACGUUAGCAGCGGCUGAGGCUAAAGGGAACAGGGAUAAUACCAUGCAGUGUUUAGCUUUUCACUUUCAGUCCCGAAGCGUCCUAUGUUUUGUAAUAAUACUGUAAUCACCCUCCCACUCGUACUGAGGUCAGUUGCCUUAUGUUAUUAGCAUCAUGUUUUUCUGUCCAGCUGACUUUGUUUGAUAGAUCCUUUUAAGGAGACGUUAUUUUUAUUUUUUUAAUUUUUUUUUGUUAUCCUGUCGUGGCACUUCUUUCUUUGCCGAGUUCAGGGAUGGAUUGUACGGCUUGAACACACACACACACAAAAAAAUGCUCUUCCAAGUUCUGCGCUUUGUGGAACACCCACAAUGCACUUGUGGACGCCUUGUUAUGCCUGGACUACAGUUGCUGACCCACAAAGAGACUUUAACGCCCCCUCUCCUCCUUCCCCAUGAGUUUUGGGAAUCCCCUCGUUACUCCUCACACCCUUCCUCCUCCUCCUCGAAUUGCCGGACUUCCGACAGGACAGAAAGUCGUGUUCUCAGAAGAGAACAUUUCCAUUUAGUGACUGCUUCGGCUUUGUUAGUCGGUACAUCUGUAGUUUUUCCACACAUAAACCAGAGACUUGCAGAGAUGCGAAGACAAGACUGGACACACCUCUAGAGGAUUUGAUGAUGCUGUAAUUGUACUUCCUGCAGGGCAAAGAUGUCACUUCCUCUCAAUAAGCACACAAGCUCUUGGCUUCCUGUUUGCAGCUGUAAGCAUGUGAGGAAGAGGGUUUUAUUUUUUUUAAGCACUCAGAGGAGGAAAAAAAACAACUAUGUGGUUUAAGAGCGUAUGACAGAAGGGUGCGCAGAUUUCUUUUUCAUUAACUUUUUCUAAAGACUGGGCCGCUAGAUGUAAGCAAUGGUUGUCAUCCUAAAAAGAGCUGUUACAGCAGUCGGCAUAAGGAA